AUGAAAAUUUCUGUAGCGAAUCAUGUUGUGUUAGUGUUAGCUUUGACGAUGAUGUUGAUAGUGAAUGGUGAAAAACAAGGGAGGCAAGAAAUAGGAGUAGGGGCGAUUCUUGAUAUGAAUUCCAGCCUCGGAAAGAGCAUCCGAAUCAGCAUGUUGAUGGCCAUUGAAGAUUCUCAUGGAGACACUAACAACUCCACCAUUAUUGUCCCUCACUUUUGGGAUUCCAAAAACGAUAACAUAGAUGCUGCCUCAGCUGCCAUAGACCUUCUGAAAAAUACUCAAGUUACAGCAAUUGUUGGACCCCAACAAUCGUCACAGGCACAGUUUGUACUUGAUAUUGCACAAAGAUCGAAGGUUCCCAUCAUAUCUCCAGUAACCAACCCUGAUAUCUCUCCAAUCCGAAACCCCUACUUCAUCCGCAUAGCACAAGCUUCCUCAACACAAGCACAACCCAUUGCAGCUGUAGUCAAAUCCUUCGACUGGAAGAAAGUGGUGUUUGUCUACGAAGAUACUGAUUUUGGAAGAGAACCCAUUCCCUAUUUAUCAGAUGCCAUGGUAAACAUUGGCACUGAGGUUAUGUUCCGCACCCUUUUGUCUCCAUCCUCAUCGGAUGAUGAGAUUCUGCUACAACUUUACAAAUUAAAGACCAUGCAAACUAGGGUUUUUGUGGUACACAUGUUACCGGAUCUCGCUUCACGUUUCUUUAAGAAAGCAGACGAAGCUGGAAUGAUGGCUCAAGGAUAUGCAUGGAUAAUCACUGAUGUUCUCACUUGUUUCUUGCAUCAUGUGGAACCCCUUGCUUUACAUUCUAUGCAGGGUGUACUAGGUGUGAAGCCCUAUAUACCACAAACCAACCAGCUAACCAACUUUGAGAGAAGAUGGAAGAGGAGGUUCCAUAAAGAAUACCCUGACACUGAUCAUAGAGUUGAGCUUGAUAUGUUUGGGAUAUGGACUUAUGACUCUAUUAUUGGACUUGCUACAGCGUUAAAGAGAGUUGACACCGAAUUAAGCACUACCUUCAAGCGACCAAGGAAUGCCUCGACAGACUUGGAUGCCAUUGGAACCUCAGAAAUGGGACCGAAGUUCCUUUCAAUGAUCAGAGAUAUGAGGCAUAGAGGGGUGAGUGGCGAUUUCCAGGUGGUCAAUGGACAACUACAAAUACCGGCAUACCAUAUAGUGAAUGUGAUCGGGAAUAAGGGGGAGAAACAAAUUGGAUUUUGGAGUUCAAGAAAUGGAAUAUCAAAUCGAAUAAUCAACAAUGGAAGUACAGAUUAUACGACUAACAAAGAUAACUUAGGAGCCAUCAUAUGGCCUGGAGAUACUUCAGAAUUCCCUAAAGGCGUAUUGGGAAUCCCAACAGGUGGCGACAUCUUUUUAAGAGUGGGAGUUCCAGCAAACGGUGGGUUCGUUGAGUUUAUUGAAGCCGAAAUCGAUCCUAACACCCAGGAGGUUAAAGCGAGUGGAUUUGUCAUAGAUGUCUUCAAAGCUGUCAUAGAUGCAUUGCCAUACACUGUACACUACAACCUCACUCCAUACGAUGCUCCUGACUACAAUGAUCUUCUUCAUCAAAUUGUCCUUGGUAAUUUCGAUAUGGUGGUUGCAGACGUCACCAUCAAGUGGAACAGAUCACGGACUGUUGAUUUCACUCUCGCAUACUCAGAGUCUGGGGUAUCGAUGCUCGUUCCAGCUAAGGUUGAUGAUGGUAAAAACAUUUGGAUUUUCAUGAGGCCUCUAGAAACGAAGCUGUGGAUAACAAUCGGAGCACUUUUCAUGUACACUGGAGUUGUUGUUUGGGUCAUAGAGCACCGUGUAAAUAAAGAAUUUCGUGGUCCCCCUCAUCAACAAAUUGGGCUAGUCUUCUGGUUUUCGUUCUCCACUCUUUUUUUCGCACAGAAGGAGAAGAUGGUAUGCAACUUAUCUAGAUUUGUAGUGAUGGUGUGGUUAUUUGUGGUUCUGGUGCUGACCUCCAGCUACACAGCAAGCUUCGCGUCCAUGUUAACCGUGCAAAAGCUCCAACCAACUGUUACGAAUAUAUAUGAACUCAUAGCAAGAGGAGAGAACGUAGGAUACCAAGAUGGUUCCUAUGUUAGAGAUAUGUUAAAGAGCAUGGGUUUUCCUAGUAGCAAGUUGAAGAAUUACUCAAGCUUUCAAGAGUAUGCGGAUGCCCUUUCAAAUGGAAGUAAAAACAAUGGGGUUGCUGCGAUCGUUGAUGAUGUCCCUUAUCUCAAGAUGUUGAUGGCGAAGAACUGUAACAAGUAUCUAAUGGUGGGUCCGACCUACAAGUCUGCAGGCUUUGGCUUUGCAUUUCCAAAAGAAUCGUGGCUGGUAGAUGACUUCUCAAGAGGAAUCUUGAAAGUGAUAGAAGGACAAAUGAGUGCCAUAUCAAACAAAUGGUUUGGAGAUGCAGCUCAUUGCCCCGACCAAAAUGCGGAUGUUCAAACCUUUGAUAAGCUAACAGUCGCUAGUUUCAAGGGUCUUUUUUGGAUCUCGGGUUUGUCAUCAACUUAUGCGCUUGUCGUCUCUGUGUUUAAGUUCUUGUAUGAAAAGAAGGAAAUACUAAUUUCACAAGAAUCAUUCUACCGGAAGAUGACCUCAAUAAUACAAAGCUUUGAUGAGGAGAAAGAUAGAAAGCCGUCUGAAACAGGAACAAUACAUCCACUGCCAAGUCCAGCAAUCAGUGUCGACCAAAUUUAAGUUAAUAUAUGUUGCAUUUUAAUUAGGGUUUCUCUUGUCUAGGCAUAUAGCUAGCGAGCAAGUAUAUAUUACAUUUUACGUUAUCUAAG